GACGAGGACGGCCUGGUGCGGGGGCUGUCGGUGCUCUGCAACCUGGCCAACCAGCUCUACUACCCCUGCGAGCACGUCGCAUGGGCAGCUGACGCCGGCAUCAUCCACGUCGGCUCUCAGAAGUGGUGGACUCUGAGCACGGCGCUCUGGGGCUUCUCCCUGCUCCUGGGCAUCCUGCGAUCCCUGAGAAUCUUGUUCCAGUUAAGAAGAAAGCUGAGGCAGCACAACUGUACAUCUUCGCUUCCGAGUCGAAAGAAAAUGAAAGCCCAAGUGAAAGCUGAAGUUUUGAGCAUCCUCAUGGAAACGGCAGAUCUCUCCAAUGCAAUCCAUUGGCUGCCUCCGGGAUUUCUUUGGGCUGGACGCUUUCCUCCAUGGUUAGUAGGUCUCCUGGGGACCAUAUCUUCCCUGAUUGGUAUCUACCAAGCAUCUAGAGGAGGAGAUUCUGAAGCUGUAUAA